AUGAGUGAAGACAGCAGGAAUGCAGAAGGGAUGAACCCGAGAGCUGAGGAGGAAGGUGGAGAGCGGCUCACUGGUGGAAAAGUAAAGAACCACCAGGCGGCUGCGCCCGCGGCCGGGGACGGCCCAGACUUGCGGCCGGGGGCGCCGGGCUCUCCCCCGGAGGCGGUGGCGGGGGCAACCGCAGCCCCCGCGGUGGCGGCGGCCCCGGAGCCCAGGAAGCCGCACGGGGUGAAGCGGCAUCACCACAAGCACAACUUGAAGCACCGCUACGAACUGCAGGAGACCCUGGGCAAAGGCACCUACGGCAAAGUCAAGAGGGCCACCGAGAGGUUUUCGGGCCGAGUGGUUGCUAUAAAAUCCAUUCGUAAGGACAAAAUUAAGGAUGAACAAGACAUGGUUCACAUCAGACGAGAGAUUGAGAUCAUGUCAUCCCUCAACCAUCCUCAUAUCAUCAGUAUUUAUGAAGUGUUUGAGAACAAAGACAAGAUUGUGAUCAUCAUGGAGUACGCAAGCAAGGGGGAGCUGUACGAUUACAUCAGUGAGAGGAGACGCCUCAGCGAGAGGGAGACCAGACACUUCUUCCGCCAGAUCGUCUCCGCCGUGCACUAUUGUCACAAGAACGGUGUGGUCCACCGGGACUUAAAGCUGGAAAACAUACUGCUUGAUGACAACUGCAAUAUUAAGAUUGCUGACUUUGGGCUUUCUAACCUGUACCAGAAGGACAAGUUCUUGCAAACGUUUUGCGGGAGCCCGCUCUACGCUUCUCCUGAGAUUGUCAAUGGGAGACCUUACCGGGGGCCAGAGGUGGACAGCUGGGCCCUGGGCGUGUUGCUUUACACCCUCGUUUAUGGAACGAUGCCCUUCGAUGGCUUCGAUCACAAAAACCUCAUUCGGCAGAUCAGCAGUGGAGAGUACCGGGAGCCCACGCAGCCCUCAGACGCUCGAGGACUCAUUCGGUGGAUGCUGAUGGUGAACCCCGAUCGCCGGGCCACCAUUGAGGACAUCGCCAACCACUGGUGGGUGAACUGGGGCUACAAGAGCAGUGUCUGUGACUGUGAUGCACUGCACAACUCCGAGUCACCGCUCUUGGCUCGCAUUAUCGACUGGCAUCACCGUUCCACGGGGCUGCAGGCUGAGGCUGAAGCCAAAAUGAAGGGCCUGGCCAAACCCGGGGCCUCAGAAGUCAUGCUGGAGCGGCAGCGCUCACUGAAAAAGUCCAAGAAAGAGAAUGACUUUGCCCAGUCUGGCCAGGACUCGGUGCCCGAAAGCCCAUCCAAGCUGAGCUCUAAGAGGCCCAAAGGGAUCCUGAAGAAGCGGAGCAACAGUGAACAUCGCUCCCACAGCACGGGCUUCAUCGAAGGCGUGGUCAGCCCUGCCUUGCCCUCUGCUUUCAAGAUGGAGCAGGACUUGUGUCGGACUGGUGUGCCCCUCCCAAGCUCCCCUGAGGCAGAGGUGCCCGGUAAACUCAGCCCCAAGCAGUCGGCCACGAUGCCCAAGAAGGGCAUCUUGAAGAAGACCCAGCAGAGAGAAUCGGGGUACUAUUCGUCCCCAGAGCGCAGUGAAUCUUCCGAGCUGUUGGACAGUAACGAUGGGCUGGGCAGCAGCAUCCCAUCGCCCAGCCCCCCAGACCCAGCCAGGGGCACUUCCCACAGCCUCUCCUGCCGCAGGAAGGGCAUCUUGAAACACAGCAGCAAGUACUCAGCAGGGACUAUGGACCCGGCCCUCGUCAGCCCCGAAAUGCCCACACUGGAAUCCUUGCUGGAGCCCGGCGUCCCCGCCGAAGGCCUCUCCCGGAGCUACAGCCGGCCCUCCAGCGUCAUCAGUGACGACAGCGUCCUGUCCAGCGACUCCUUCGACUUGCUGGACUUGCAGGAGAAUCGCCCUGCCCGCCAGCGCAUCCGCAGCUGCGUCUCUGCUGAAAACUUCCUCCAGAUCCAGGACUUUGAGGGGCUCCAGAACCGGCCGCGGCCCCAGUACCUGAAGCGGUACCGGAACCGGCUGGGAGACAGCAGCUUCUCCCUCCUCGUGGACAUGGACGAUGUGACUCAGGUCUACAAGAAAGCGCUGGAGAUCUGCAACAAGCUUAACUAG